AUGGGUUUGGAGCCGAAGAAGAACCAAAUUCAGGUUUCCAACACCAAGAAACCACUCUUCUUCUAUGUCAAUCUUAACCAACGUGUUGCUUUGGGAUACAUUCAGCAGCAUGAUGAGGUCGAGCUUUCUGCUUUGGGAAUGGGUACCACUUCAGUUGUCACAAUCUCUAAGAUUUUGAAGAACAAUGGUUUGGCUACUGAGAAGAUUUUGACAUCUACUAUUGGCAUGAAAGACGAGAACAAGGGUAGUGGUGUUCAAAAGGCCAAGAUUGAAAUUGUGCUGGGGAAAUCUUAG